AUGAGCCUACGCAAACUUGGGAAGUACAAACAGCGCCAGACACCGUGCCUGCUGUUCACUUAUCUGCUGGUGAGAGUGGCAUGCAUCUACAGCCUCCCGGAGAAGAGGGUUUACAAGUUAACUCUCCCAGAGCCACCUAUACGCAGUAGGUUUGUUGUCGGGUCUUCGCUUGGCUGGUUGGUUACUGUUGAUAAGAGAUCAGAAAUGCACAUAGUGAAUCCAAUCACUGGCGAGCAGAUAGCUCUCCCUUCAGUCAUCACCAUGGAACAGGUGAAGCCCAUCUAUAAUGACUUGGGUGCUGUCCACAGGUAUGGAUACUCAAGAUACACGGCUAAACAUGUUCUCCCCACACUAGAGGUUGACCUUGGUUUGCUGCAGGAAUACUUACACCAUAAGGCUUUUAUAUUUUCUGAUGCAUCCACAGGAUGCUUCAUAGUGGUGCUCAUCUUCCAGCCAUUCGGUCAGCUCUCGUUUGCAAGAGUAGGGGAUGAUAAGUGGACCUGGCUGCCACCACACACUGAAUAUGAGGACUGCACCUACAAGGAUGGACUAUUGUAUGCGGUAACUUUACUUGGAGAAAUUCAUGCCUUUGAUCUAACUGGCCCUACUGUGACAAUAAAGAUUAUUAUGGGAACAGUACAUGAUUUUGAUUGUGAGGUCACGUAUAUUGUGCAAGCUCCAUGGGGUGAUCUUUUACUUGUUUGGAGAUCAAAAGAUUUUGAGAAUCGUGAUUAUGAUGCUGAUCCUGCAACACAAGUGCGGAUUACUGAAGAAGUUAAAGUAUAUAAGGUUGACACUGAUGCAAAAAGGUUUGUGCAAAUCAAUUGCUUACAUGACCACGUGUUGUUUCUUGGGAUUGGCCAGUCACUUUGUCUCAACACUGAAGAAUAUCCAUGUCUCAAUGCGAAUCAUGCAUAUUUUACUGAUGAUGAUGAGUACCUAUCAAACAGGAAGAAUAAUCGUCGUGAUACAGGAGUUCUGGACUUGGAUAAUAAUAGCAGGGAUAAUCUUGUUUCUCCUCAGCUUUGGUCCAACUGUACUACGCCUGUAUGGUUUACACCCGAUCUUAGAAUGAUGAAACUGGCAUUGAAUAAGGUUGUCGAGGGUUCGAGUAGUAGUAACUAGGCACUUGCCUCUGUGCUGAUAGUCGCAAUGCGGAGGCGGA